AUGGCCGAAGCGCGUAUUGGUUGGAUCGCCGGCAUGCCACAUUUCUUACCAAAACUGAAUAAUCAUUUAGGAUUCUACAUGGCAUUGACUGGUAAACGCUUGAAGAGUAAGGACGUAAUGUUGUCCGGCAUGGCUACCCACUUUGUUCCAAGCUCCCGCUUAGGAGAGCUUGAACUUGAGCUGUUUCACUGUAAAACUGAGGAUAUAGAGGCUCGUUUGAAUGCAUUCAGCGAGCCGCCGGGAGAAUUCUCUUUAACUCCUCUCUUAAAAGAUAUAGACCACUGUUUCUCUGCUAAUACCGUUGAAGAAGUCAUCGAAAGACUUACAAAAGUGGACAGUGAAUGGUCUAAAGAGAUGUUGCAGAUGAUGGCUCCGUUAUGCCCAACCAUGCUGAAGGUCAACCUUCGGAUGAUGCAACUUGGGAAGACCCUUGAUCUUAAGGAGGGUCUCCGGAUGGUGCACCGCGUUUUGUCUCGAGGUGUAGGUAGCUACAACGCACAGGAGGGGCUCAGGUCAGCCCUGGUGGGUGGAUUUACCCGAGUUUGA